ACAAUAUCUCGCCGACCACAGGGAUGGGACCAUUACGACUCGGGAUUCCAACGAUUGUGAGUUCUAUCACAAUACUUCUUCUGCUGCGUGUCGUCGCUGGUCAUCGAUAUCGAUCAUCCGUCCGCGACCUCCAUCUGACGUCAGUUAUGGUUCCUGGAGAGCGCAUGAUCUACAUCUGUGCAUCAGGUUCACGUUCCUUGUGCAAGCGAUUUGCGGCCUGCAAUGCUCGAUGAAUGAUAAUCAGUAUGGCUUGAGCUGACCGCGUAUCUCAGACAUGACCGACGAGUUGGGUUUCGGUCCUGAGAAACGCCGACAAGGAAAUCUGGAUAUCUUAUCAGGAAAGGUUACCUUCCGUGAUGCCUUCCGGGAGAUGCUGGAGAGCGUAUCGGGAAACGGCCACUCUUUCGACUUUUGCAAGGAGGAGCUGAAGAAGAACAUCACCCUCGAUGCAGGCUUCAAGGACUUUCACCGCUACUGCAAGGAACAUGAUAUCCCCAUCGUCAUCAUCUCUAGCGGUAUGGCCCCCAUAAUUCGUGCCGUCCUCUCCAGCCUCAUCGGUGAGGAGGACUCAAAGGAAAUCGAGAUCGUCUCCAACGACGUCGACAUCCAUGAAGACGGUAGUUGGUCUAUCAAAUAUCGGCACCCGACCAGCGGAUUCGGUCACGACAAGAGCCAGGCCAUCCUCCCGUAUCGGGAGCUCUCUGACCCACCCCUGAUCUUCUUCUUUGGCGAUGGCGUUUCCGAUAUGUCUGCCGCACGGCACGCCGACGUGCUGUUCGUGAAGGAGAAGCCGGGUGGGGACAACGACCUUGCCGCAUACUGCAACCGCGAGAAAAUUCCGCACAUCCUCUUCGAGGACUUCAGCCACGCGCUCAAGACUGUCAGCGCCAUCGUCGAGGGCAGGACGACUCCUAAGGAGGCUCUUGACGUCGGCAAGGCGCACUGAACUGCGAUGCUUUGUCUCUCUCUCUAGCCGUCCAAGACGACGACUAACGGAGGCGAAGAGAGGGAUCUAAGUCUCAACGGACCUGUAGGAUGAUGGCGUGCAGAACGAGACGUUGCAGGAUCGGAGGGGAAGGGGCCCUGUGUUUGCGUGCGAUAGUGCCAUGCGUCAGCGGUGCAGUCACCUCAUUGGCCACAGGGGCGUUGUUGUCGUCGAGGCACAAUCGGCUAGCAGGAUGGAACAGAAGUCAACGAAGCACUGUCAGACGAUCGCGGUAUCUCGGCGAAUGAUAAUGUUCUUAGACAGUGUUGCUGUCUCGGAGUGCACAAGCUUCUUCCUGUGUCGCUGUUGUAUCUGGCUAGUGCGAGACUUGCUGCAAAUUGCCAUUAUAGCCUUGGAGCC